AUGUCUCGAGCAGCAUCGACAUCGGCUCCUACACUGUCUCCUCAGUUCUGUUUUGACGAGAGAGUGCUGAGAGACUUCUUACGUGUUUCGCGAUCCACCAUAGACGACUCCAUUACCCAAAACCUCAAUGCCUUGAUCACUCCAGCCCGGAGGGGCUUCGAUCCCUCAUCCACUGCUGUACGCCAAACAGACAAACUCGAGAAACCAAUACAUCCAGAAGCCUGCCAGAGCUUUAAAGAAAAUGUGCUAUUCCCCUCAUGGCAGACUCGAUCAGAUGUGCUCAGCUACUGUGCCGGCGUAGCUACGAGCCCCGAUCCGGAGGAUCCGGAUCUCAUUCUCCGCCAGAUUGAAUCCGCCAGAGAUCGAGAACGGGUCGUCAAUGAGCGGCUAGAUCCAUACUCGGCGCGUUUCUUCCCUCGUGAAGCACGGACGGAGUCUCUGGCCAACUUGGUUCGGAACCAGCGUACUGUUGAGGAAAUUAUUCGGGCGCGGACGUGGGCUAUGGUCUCUGAGAGAUGCAGCGGUUCGUCUUCUAAUUGGGAGGAGGCACUCAAUAGCUGGCGUGAAAGACAGCAGCGGUAG